GAGAGCAUGCCGCUGCUUGGACAAGACACAGGGAUGAUUUAAUUGGACAAAAAGAUCUGUCACGAAAAAAACUCUUGUUGUUUUUAUUCAGUGCCUUGGCAGUAAAGUUUACCCGGAGUUUAAAGCGCAGAUUUGGGAGUUUUCCCCAUCACGUGUGCUGCACCGCAGAAGGCAGUUUGGAGAAGUUAUAAUGACAGGAUGGCGCAGAUACGGCGACUCGCGCACAUGAUGCUUUUACUUUUGCCCCGGUUCAGUCGCCAAAGUAGCAGCAAAAGUUUGCAUCACUCCAGAGCGCAACAGGUGAGGGUAGAUUCGGACGGUCGAGACUGUGCGUAAAGGUAAAUACAGACCAAUGGGAAAUGAUCUCAACUUGGAAGGAUAUAAGCUAAAGAGCUCGUCGUCGUUUAAAAGUGUCAGGGGACAAUGAAAGCGCUGACUUUACUGUGCGUAAUAGUGUGGCUGUGGGAGCGCAGCGCAAGCCACAGGAACUGUCCGGACCUGAUCCUUGACAGCUGUCACUGCUCGGCGGAGAGGACCAAGGAGCUGAGCAGGCAGCACGUCCGAGUCAAAGUCGUGUGUGAUGAUGUGGAACUCAUGGACACUCUACAGCCCAGCUUCUUACCCAACACAACCGUAUCCAUGAUCCUGAGUAACAACAAGAUCUCUGUGCUGAGGAAUGGCUCCUUCUAUGGCUUAGCUGCCCUGGAAAAAUUGAACCUAAAAAAUAACUUGAUAAGUACAGUGGAGCCUGGUGCAUUCCAUGGACUGCUGGCUCUCAGGAAACUGGACCUGUCCAACAACAGGAUUGGCUGCCUCUCGACUGAAAUGUUUUUUUCUCUGAGUAACCUUUUCAAAUUGAAUUUAUCUGGGAACAUCUUUUCUACUCUGACCAUGGGACUGUUUACCCACCUUGUGGCUCUCAGAGUGCUGCACUUCAGCACAGACACUUUGUUCUGUGACUGUCAGUUGAAGUGGCUUCUCCUUUGGGCUCAAAGCAAUUCGGUGAGAAUUGGCAAUGACACAGUGUGUGUAUUCCCCACCCAUCUCCACGGACUGGAGUUUCACAAUCUACGUGAACAGCAACUCAGAUGUGAUGGACCUUUGGAAAUGCCUUUGUUCCAGCUUAUGCCUUCCCAGAGACAGGUGGUGUUUCAAGGGGAUCGGCUUCCUCUGCAGUGCACUGUCUCCUACCUAGAUACUUCAGUGGAGCUGCAUUGGCGUCACAAUGGCCACACUGUAGCCACACAGGAGGACCAGGGCAUCUAUCUGGAGGAAACUCUUCUUCACGACUGCUGCCUACUGACCAGUGAGGUCAUCCUUUCCAACAUCGAAGUCAGUAUUGCUGGCAUCUGGGAGUGUCUGGUGAUCAGUUUUCGUGGGAACAGUUCUCAGCAGAUGGAGAUUGUCGUCCUUGAAACAUCAGCAACAUACUGCCUUGCAGACAGAGUCACAAACAACAAGGGAGAAUUCAGGUGGCCAAAGACUCUGGCUGGCAUCCUGGCCUUCCUGCCCUGCGCUCCUUCCACCUUUGGGUCAGCCCCGCACCCCUCUGGCAGUGCUCUUCAUUCCUCCAGCCAGACGGAGAAGAAGGCUUGGCGCCGCUGUGACAGGACAGGACGCUGGGCUGAAGACGACUACACUCAGUGUCCGUAUGCCAGUGAACUGACCCGCAUGCUGCAUCAACUCACCCAGAUCACCAUUAAUGAAACCAAUGCUCAGGCUUUAGGCCAGCAGCUAGUGGCCUUCACCAACAGGGUGGCACACUUCACUGAUGUCAUGGACGUCAUCUUUGUCACACACCUGGUGGAGAGACUAACAAGGCUGGUGGUGCAGCACAGAGAUCUGGCAGACUAUAUAUCAGACAUAGCCAGUAAUAUGAUGCUGGUGGAGGAACAUAUCCUCUGGAUGGCCCAGAAUGAGGCUAAGGCGUGUACACGGAUUGUUCAGUGCGUGGAGCGCAUCGCUGACCUGGCACUGGCCAGAGAUAAUCAGGUCUUUUCAAAGGUGUCUGCUAACAUCGCUCUGGAGGCCUUUCUUAUCCAGCCAUCCAAGUUUUUCGGCCUGUCCUGCACAGCACUCCAGCGGCCCCCAUCGUCAGCCACCUCUCCACGCCCCAACAGCCACUCAAAGCUUGACAAGGACAUGAGCAGAGAACAUCAUGCUGUGGGAGAAUCAAUGCUCAACUUUAAAUGCAACACUGUCAACAAAAGCAGUUCACCAGCCAGUCUGCUCAGCAAGAACUCGGUGGCAGUCGCUUCGAUCCAUUUCCCGCUGGCUGGUCCGCCUUUCUCCUCCUCUGCGCUGCAAUCUGUUGAUAAUUCAACUUGCAAGCUGCAGUUUAUCGUGUUUCGCAAUGGGAAACUCUUUCCGUGCACGGGCAAUUCGUCAAAUCUGGCAGACGACGGUAAACGCAGGAGCGUUUCGACACCAGUUGCAUUCACCAAAUUAGAUGGCUGCAGGAGCGCCGUGCGCCCCGUUACCGUUGCUCUGAGGCACUUCGCGCUGGGUAUAGACCCCACUGCAGCCUACUGGGAUUUUGACCUGCUGGAUGGACACGGUGGCUGGAGGGCAGAGGGCUGCCACAUAACAGGCUCCUGGGGCAGCACGACCACAAUUCAUUGCACCCAUCACAAUAACUUUGCUGUGCUAAUGGAUCUGAAGAAGGUGCUGCCUUUUCCCCCUUACCCUGGGGAGUUUUUGCACCCGGUUGUGUAUGCCUGCACAGCGGUCAUGUUGCUCUGCCUCUUCGCCUCCAUCAUCACCUACAUUGUGCACCACAGCGCAAUCCGCAUCAGUCGGAAGGGAUGGCAUAUGCUUCUCAACUUCUGUUUUCACACAGCUCUGACCUUCGCUGUGUUUGCCGGCGGCAUCAAUCGAAUCAAAUACCCCAUCAUCUGUCAAGCAGUUGGGAUUGUGCUGCACUACUCGUCUCUCUCGACCAUGCUAUGGCUUGGGGUGACCGCCAGAAACAUCUAUAAACAAGUGACAAAGAAGGUGCAACAGAACCAGGAUGGUGAUACAAGCCCGCCUCCAAAACAGCCCUUGUUGCGAUUUUAUUUAGUCAGUGGUGGAGUGCCCUUCAUCAUCUGUGGGGUCACAGCAGUCGUCAAUAUGGACAACUAUGGCAGUGGGGAGCAAGCACCAUACUGUUGGAUGGCAUGGGAGCCCAGCCUAGGAGCAUUCUUUGGCCCUGUGGCCUUCAUCUUCCUGGUGACGUGCAUCUACUUUCUCUGCACCUUCAUCCAGCUGCGUCGCCACCCUGAAAAGAAGUAUGAGCUGAAACAAUUGACAGAGGAGCAACAGAGGCUAGCAUCUGUUGAUGUGCCAACCCACUGCCACCAGGGAGCUGAGUCUGGAACCUUGGCACAACCUCCUAGUGGAAGCCACUGCCCUGCAGGCUGCCCAGGUGUCCCCAUUAACCCCGCACUGCUGGCCAAUGAACACUCUUUCAAAGCUCAGUUACGCACGGCAGCCUUUACUCUUUUUCUAUUCUUGGCUACUUGGACUUUUGGGGCACUUGCCGUGUCACAAGGCCACUUCCUGGAUAUGAUCUUCAGCUGUCUAUAUGGUGCCUUUUCUGUCACCCUCGGCCUCUUCAUUCUCAUUCAUCACUGUGCCAAGCGGGAUGAUAUCUGGAAUUGCUGGUGCUCCUGUUGCCCCGGACGGAAUUCCAAUGAGUCCUGUGGAGCCCAGGGGCCCGCUCAGGGGCGGCCCAAGGUCAAUGUGAAUGGAGACACUCCUGGGCAUGGACAUGUUCACAGCCACUGUCAACACGACUCGCCAUGCCAGUGUAAAGCAUUGAUGAGCUGCACUCAUGGCAGUUUAGCUCACUGUAAACACAGCACCCUUCCUUCAUCGCAAAAUCACGUGACAUGUCUGACACAAGUCACACCAUGUUGCGCAGCCCUGCACAGUCAGCAGCUGAUGGAAGAGGAGCCCACGGCGACACACGUGCUGCUACGUGGUGACCCUGAGGGAUACCGGCCAGGGAUCCAGUUGCACCCUUGCCUAAAGAGCAGCACAAGGACUAAAAGUCGACACCUUAGCCGCCGGACUGGAGCUGGCACUGGUGGAACAGGGAAGGAGAGGGAGUACGCCUAUCAUAUCCCAUCCAGUGUGGAGGGAGGCAGCGUGCACAGCUCACACACUGACAGUCCCCACAGCACACACGAACGUCACACCCGCAUCUGUCCACAUCUGGCCCAUGAAUGCCACCAUGACGGGCAUCACACAUGCCAUGCUGCUGCAGCUGCCACACACGAGGCCCUCGCAUGCCACAACCCCUGUCACAGGCACAUCUGCUGUACCAAGGCAGAUCUCUUUCCUUCUCUGUGCCAAGCCGAAGCAGGUGACACAAGCACAUUCUUGUGUGGCUGCGGCAAAAUGGCCGAAGAAGACCUGAUGGCACCACAUCACCAUCUGGAGAUGCACGCACCGCGCAGACAAUCCUACCCCCAGAACCCACCCAAUCAGAAUGGGAUUCUAAAAGGGGCCCUGCACGAGGGACUCCUGUACACAUCAGACAGCACAGGGAAUAUACGCACUGGACCCUGGAAAAAUGAAACUACUGUGUAGUCUGGGAAGAGGAGCUGCCUUGUCCCACCAAAAAUAAACUCUCACCUCCCUUUCUAGAAUUUAAAAAAAAAA